AUGAAUUACACCACACAUCUCCUCUUCAUUCUCAUCUCAAUCACUUCCCUCCUCCGUUCCACAGCCGCAGAGCCACUAAGCACAACCGCCGUGUACGCCUUCGGAGACGCCAUAUUCGACACCGGCAACAACAACGGCCUCCGCACCAUCUGCCGCGCCGACCACCCGCCCUACGCCGCCGAGCUCCACGACACCAUCUCCUUCGGCAGAUUCUCCAACGGCAUGCUCCCGGCCGACAUCCUCGUCCACGACCUCGGCCUCAAGCCCCUCAUGCAGCCGUAUCUCAACAUGCAAACCGCCCCCCGCGACACCCUGCGGACCGGCGUCAGCUUCGCCUCCACGUGCUCGGGCCUCGACGACCUCACGGCAGAUGAGGUCGGGGUGCUCACCAUGACGGCACAAUACAGGAACUUCGAGGCGGCAAGGGAGACCAUGAGGCUAGACAUUGGCGAUGGUCCCACGGACGACGUACUUAAGAACGCUGUGUAUUUGAUCUCCGGUGGAACUAAUGACAUGUUGGUUAACUAUUACGCGAUUCCGAUCAGAAGAUUGACGUAUUCUGUGUCUGCCUACCAUGAGUUCUUGCUCGGAAAUCUUAAAGAUUUUGUCAAGAAAUUGUACAAGAGGGGUGCAAGAAGAGUGGGAGUGUUGGGGAUGCCACCGGUGGGAUGCUUACCGCUCGACAUCUCAACCAAAUUCGGGUUCAAACGUGAGUGUGUGAGUCAGCAUAACGCAGAUGCAACGCAAUUCAACGAAAGGCUUCAGCAAUACAUCAAUCAAUUUGUGACUGAAAUGCCACAACUGAAAAUUGCUUAUAUUGAUAUCUAUAAUCCUAUGAUGGAUAUGAUCAACAACCCUAGCAGAUAUGGUCAGCCAAUACUUCCAUUUCUCACUAAUUAA